AUGUCGAUACUCGUAGCUGGAAAACUGGCACUUGUUACCGAUGCUGGAAGCGGCAUCGGAAGAGAAGUAUGUCGAGUUUUAGCUCGUGAAGGCGCAAACGUUGUCGCAGCCGAUCAGAAUAUCACAACUGCUCAGGAAACUGUUGCCUUUUUAGAAGGUACUGAACAUAUUGCAUUGCAUAUUAAUGUUGAGGAUCGAAACAGUGUCAAAACUGCGUUUAAAGAUGUCGUGAAGCAAUAUUCAAAGCCUCCUACUAUCAUUGUUAAUUCGGCAGGCAUCGUGCGAAAAAUAUUUUUGAUGAAACUCGAUGACAGUAAUUUUGAUGAUGUCAUUAAUGUCAAUUUAAAAGGUACCUUUUUAGUGACGCAAAUUGCUGUCAAAAUGUUGAUAGAGGGAAAUGCAACCACAAAUUCCUCAAUUAUCAAUAUAAGUUCGAUUGCUGCUAAUGAUAGAUACGUUGGAUAUAGUACUUAUAACGCGUCAAAAGCUGGAGUGAUAAUUAUGACAAAGAGCGCUUCAUUGGAGUUUGGACAAUUUGGAAUUCGUGUAAACGCAGUAUUUCCUGGUUUUAUAGACGCUCCUAUGACUUCACAUAUAUCUAAGGAAGCUAGGGAAAUGCAUAUAAAAAAUAUUCCAUUACAAAGAUUUGGAAAGCCAGAAGAAGUAGCAGAGGUUAUCGUGUUUUUAGCUUCUGAUAGAAGUUCUUACAUAAAUGGAGCCUCUAUUGAAGUUACUGGAAGAUUGAAUUAGAAUUGAAUUAAGUUUUAUUA